GCGCUGCUGUGAUUGGCUGACAGGGCGGAUAUUAAUAUCUAGGACAAAGGUAGUGGUCAAGUCUGUUUAUCCGGUAGAGUCUUUCUCUGCGGUUAUAACAAUGCUACUGAACAAGGUCCUCAGAGCUAGUGUUCGGUCUGGGAUCCGGCUGCAGAGCUCCAGUGCUGCUGCAGCCAAUGUUGCAUCUCAUGGUGGCCAUGCAUCUUCACAAGGCUUCUCAUUUGAGCUUUCAGAGCAGCAGAAGGAGUUCCAGCAGCUAGCAAGGAAGUUUGCCCGUGAAGAGAUCAUUCCUGCUGCUCCUGCUUAUGACAAGAGUGGUGAGUAUCCUGUCCCUCUGAUCACAAAAGCAUGGGAGCUGGGUCUAAUGAACGGUCACAUUCCACAAGAAUAUGGUGGAAGUGGCCUGUCAAGCUUUGAAAACUGCCUCAUCACAGAAGAGUUGGCUUAUGGCUGCACAGGAGUACAGACUGCCAUCGAAGCAAACUCUCUGGGUGCAAUGCCCAUUAUUCUCGCUGGCAAUGAGGAACAGAAGAAGAAAUACCUGGGACGGUUGGUUGAAGAGCCACUCAUGUGUGCGUACUGCGUAACAGAGCCCGGUGCAGGCUCUGAUGUGGCCGGACUUAAGACCAGAGCUGUGAAAAUGGGCGAUGAGUACAUCGUUAAUGGACAGAAGAUGUGGAUCACUAAUGGAGGGAAAGCUAAUUGGUACUUCCUCUUGGCCCGCACUAACCCAGAUCCUAAAUGUCCAGCUGGUAAAGCCUUUACUGGCUUUGUUCUGGAUGCUGACACUCCAGGAAUAACAGUAGGAAGGAAGGAGAUGAACAUGGGCCAGAGGUGCUCUGAUACCAGAGGCAUCACCUUUGAGGAUGUGAGGAUACCUAAGGAGAACGUCCUGAUCACAGAGGGAGCUGGCUUCAAAAUUGCAAUGGGAGCUUUUGACAGCACAAGGCCACCAGUGGCAGCAGGAGCAACAGGCCUGGCACAGAGGGCACUUGAUGAAGCUACUGCCUAUGCUCUGGAGAGAAAGACCUUUGGAAAAGUGAUAGCUGAGCAUCAAGCCGUGUCCUUCCUCCUGGCUGAGAUGGCUAUGAAGGUGGAGCUUGCCAGGAUGGCAUAUCAGAGGUCCGCCUGGGAGGUGGAUCAGGGCCGCAGAAACACCUACUAUGCCUCCAUCGCUAAAGCCUUUGCUGGAGACAUCGCCAACCAGGUUGCUGCUGAUGCCGUUCAGGUAUUUGGUGGCAACGGCUUCAACAGCGAAUACCCUGUAGAAAAACUCAUGAGAGACGCCAAGAUCUACCAGAUCUAUGAGGGCACAGCUCAGAUCCAAAGACUCAUCAUCGCCCGAGAACACCUGGCAAGAGCCAAGAAAUAAACUCUGCUCACCUGACCUGACUCAUCUAAAUGUGCUUUGUUGUAACUUACUUGUUUUUACACAUAGGGGUGUACCAGAAAUAGAGCUGAUCACUUAAAGGAGCAGUUUGUAAGAUUCAAGGGAAUCUUAAGAAGAAAUAUGAAUCACCAGAGUAUGAUCAACUGAAAAUAAUAAUGUUUGUGUUUUCUCUAAGAAUGAGCUCUUUAUAGCUAUAUUCAACAGCUCCCUCCACUUUUAUCAAUGCUCUACAGUAACUGGGCCUGUCAACAUUAAGUUGAGGGGAAGGGUUUUUAGAGUAGAUUUGAGUCUAUAAGGUCAUCAUUCGAUACCACUGAAUCUUACGUAAUGGUCCUUUAGACAGAGUAAAGUAGUAAAAUGUUGCUUGCCUUAACAUCACUUCAUCCUGCCUUGUUUUAUAAACCGGACACUUAUUUUGUAGACUGCAGUGUACGGAUGUAUCAUCAAUCCAUCCACCUUUUAAAUGAAGCCCAUAACUGUUGCCUUACUUUAUGGAUAAAUUAGUCGACCAUUAUCUUCUUGCUUUUAACUUCUGCAGGUCAUAAACAGCAGCCGCACAGGUCUCCUGAGCUUGUGACAGCAGCCUCUAUCAAUCAAUGCAAAAUUAACUGUAUUUAUUUGGCAUAAGCCUGGCAUAAGUUGCCCAUGUUAUAUUAAACUCUUUCUCAUUGAAUUUGUCUGUAAAUAAAUAAGUUUGUGAUUUUAAAUGAGGGAUUGUUUAAGUUGACAAGGAAAGCCCAGGACAGAACACUUUAUUAGGUUUGAUUACAGCAAAAUCAAAGAUUACCAGAGUGAUUAUUUCUCCUUGUAUAGUUUAAACUGGCGUACUCUGCCUCUAAAAUAACAUUGUCUUCUAUCUCCAUACUUGCUAUGAAAUAUUAGACUCAAUAGUACUUCAAACUGUGAAUACAAUGCUUAGUUUUUCACACAGCAGAACAUGAAACCUUCAUCUGUGCUAAUCCAUUUAUCUCUGGGCUAUAUUUGAAAAAUAGCAAUGCGUGUCGAACAAUACCUGUUAUGACUGUAAAUUGCAUGUUAUCCAAAGGUUUUUUUUCUGCCUGGUUCGGCAAAUGGAUCCUAAAAGAUUCCUGUCAGAUCUACAUCCAAAUCAUUGACGAGUGUCAGCUUCACAGUUAACUCCAGCCAGGACUUUGGAUCAGAAAUGGGGGUGGUGUUUCAGCUGUCACAGUAACAGACUGACCAUAUGAUUAAAAAAACUCAUGAUACUUAUGUAUAUCAUCAAUCUGAAAUAAAUUAUUUCAUUCAA